AUGGCCUACUACACCCGCCACACCCCCUACGAACAUUUCAACGUCCCGGACUACAUCCCGGACCCCCUCCCCAGCUCCUUCGCCCACGAGACCGCCGCCUCCCUCGACGACCCGGACGCCGCACACCGCCGGGCACUCAAGCGCGAGCGUGAGCGGCGAGAGUGGAUGGAGGAGAGGUGCAAGGCGGUUGUGUUCUGUAUGAUCCCCGGGUGGGGGGAUGAGGGUGUGGAUGUGGAGAUGGAUGAGGGAGAGGGAGAGUGGGAGAUGGAGGAGGGCGAGGAGGACGAGGAGGAGGAAGGGGAGGUGAAGAUGGUGGAUUGGAGGGAGGAGAUGGGGAUCAAGAUGAUCCGGGGGACCGCGGCGGUGGCGGUCGAAAAGGAGGAGGAAGAGGACGAGGAGGAGGUGGUCCCAGAGGGGACGUUGUGUCUGGUGUGGAACGGGACGGAGAGCUGGGGUGGAGAGGCGUCGUCCUGUGAGGACGUAGAGAUGGAGGAGGAGGAGAAGGAGGAGGAAGAAGAGGAGGAGGAAGAGGAGGAGUGGGAGACGAUACCACAGCGCGUUUUUGUACAUAGAGGGACUGCAAAAUUCGGCUGCAGGGUGAACGGGAGGGUGGGACCCUUCACAAUUCAUACCAUUUUUCAGCUUUGA